AUAUACUCUCUCUCUCGCUCAGAAUUUAUGCAUUUGCUCAGCACAUAGUGGGAAACAUUACUGGAAGUUGAUCUAAACCAGAAGCCUGAUUAUGAAAACUGACUGUCAGUUAACAUUAGGAAUACUGGAUGGACAACAAUAAAGCAACUGAAGAAAGUGGGGAAUAAAAAGGAGCAAGUUCACUUACAGUGCAGUCAGAAGAAGAAGAGCGGAUAAGCGUGCGCUUGAUGUGCUGCAGUGUGACGUGGAUGGAUGUGGGAUUUCUCCCCUGUUCUGUGUGUUGAUGUGAUUGGUGCCCAGAGUUCACCGCUUCACGGGCUGCUGCUGCCCUGGAGCCAGAGCGCAGGAAUUCACUCUCACACUUGCGCACACACACGCACCGAGACACUUACUUACACACAUUUCACAAACACAGACGGCACAUGGACAGAUGCACUCUCUGGCAGCACUUCAGAGUGAUAACUGUACUUGUGGUUUAAACAGAGUGUUGCUCUCACCUUUUUGACAGCUGCCACAUCCAUUCUGACCUUUUUUAACGACAUUUUCUUCAAGUUUUAAGAAAAGUGACUGUCUUUCUCCUCGUUGUCCUCAGGGCAGGAAGACACUUGUCUUUAGUUGUUGAGGUAACAGCAUUGGGAGAUUUUAGGACUAGUUGCUCUUUGUAGUGUCAGCAUCCUCACCGUGGUAAAGCUGUCUGCGGGGGCAUGCAGGUGUCUUUUGUGUGCACGGACCACCGAGCUGUCAGCCGCAGCACAGAGGACCGACUGAACCGACAGAACACCAACAGCCCGAGUUUGGGGACAAAAAGCAAGUUUCGUGCUGUGGCGAUGGUGGCCCGCAGCCUGGGCCAACUGUCUGUGCAGAACAUGCCUUCCUCUAGUGACCACUGCUUGAGAACUGGCAUGAAAUAUAGGAACCUUGGGAAAUCUGGCUUACGGGUAUCAUGUCUAGGGCUGGGCACAUGGGUGACGUUUGGUGGUCAAAUAACAGAUGAGAUAGCUGAGCAGCUGAUGACGCUGGCGUAUGAGAACGGUAUCAAUCUGUUUGACACAGCCGAGGUGUAUGCGGCAGGGAAGGCUGAAAUGGUUCUCGGCAGUAUCAUCAAGAAGAAAGGAUGGAGACGUUCCAGUUUGGUCAUCACCACCAAGAUAUACUGGGGUGGAAAAGCAGAAACAGAGAGAGGCUUGUCCAGAAAGCACAUAAUAGAGGGUCUAAGGGCAUCACUGGAGAGACUUCAAUUAGAGUAUGUGGAUGUAGUGUUUGCUAACAGACCUGACCCCAACACGCCAAUGGAAGGAGAUCCAUUUAACACUUCAAAAUCAAGAACAUUCAUCAUAGAAGAGACGGUUCGAGCGAUGACCCAUGUGAUUAACCAGGGAAUGGCCAUGUAUUGGGGCACGUCCCGCUGGAGCUCCAUGGAGAUUAUGGAGGCGUACUCUGUGGCGCGACAGUUUAACCUGAUCCCACCUGUCUGUGAGCAGGCCGAAUAUCACAUGUUUCAGAGAGAAAAAGUGGAAGUACAGUUGCCUGAACUCUUCCAUAAGAUAGGUGUGGGAGCCAUGACGUGGUCUCCGCUGGCCUGUGGAAUCAUCUCAGGGAAGUAUGACAGCGGUGUGCCUCCUUAUUCCAGAGCCUCUCUCAAGGGCUACCAGUGGUUGAAGGACAAGAUCCUGAGUGAGGAAGGCCGCCGUCAGCAGGCGAAGCUGAAAGAGUUGCAGGCCAUUGCGGAGCGGCUGGGCUGCACGCUGCCCCAGCUGGCCAUCGCGUGGUGUCUGAGGAAUGAGGGGGUGAGCUGUGUGCUGUUGGGGGCCUCCAGCACUGAGCAGCUGAUGGAGAACAUCGGAGCCAUUCAGGUUCUUCCAAAAUUAUCAUCAUCAAUUACACAUGAAGUGGACAGUAUCCUAGGCAACAAGCCCUACAGUAAAAAGGACUACCGGUCUUAAAAGGAAAGCCAGUGACACUGUGUCGACCUGCUUCUUUCUCUGAGCUUUGACUGAAAAAAACAUUGGCACAUGGGACCAGCACUGUCACAGGUCCUACAGGAGACGCCAACUCACACACAACAUGGAGUGUGCCGACAUUAGCCUGAUAGGAGGCCAAGAACCGCACGGGCAGAAGGGAAGCAUGCUCACGUACAAAUCAGCUAGGCCGGCUCAAUAAGCAGAACGCCACUCCAGGAAACCACUGAAAUCAAGCGCACCGGCUCGCUUCCUCCUCCCCUUUGAAGUAGUGCAGUAUUAGAGAUCCAGAAUUUGUACUUAGUCUAGAAAUGCAUGAGAUCCACUGGCCAUGGCACCUGCUUUUUUCCCCUACAUUUUGGAAAACAAAUAAAUUUGCAUACGCUCACAGGAAGUAAUGAAGCUGAUGAAGCACUUUGGUGAAUGCAGAAAGUUACAUGACUGAAUAAACUAAAUAAGGCAUUGGAUGUUACUCAUCUCUAGUUUCAUAUUUAAAUUGUUAGCCAAUAUA